CGCCGUAACAGCAAAGACAGUUGAAAAGAAGAAGGAACAACGCUGUCGCUGCAGUCGCGCACGCAAUAGUUUAAAAAAACAAAAAUUCCCUUUCAUACAAAUGGAACUAAUCAAAAUUAUUUUUGUGCUAGCUUCUGGCUGGGCGACAUUGGCGAUUGCUGGAAAUACUGAUCAAGAUAUGUUUUGGGCUGCUCGAGGUAAAAAAGCCUCAAUUGAAGGCAAUUGGCCAGACAGUGUGGUAAUGGAGCCCUUCGUAGCAGCCGUGUACGACAAACGCGAUGGCACUUUCUGGGCUGCAAGAGGAAAAAAAUAUGCAGCGGACGGUGGUGACGGUGUUCCUUUCUGGGCGACCAGAGGAAAGAAAGGCGAUCUGGAGAUCCCCUUCUGGGCCGCAAGGGGGAAAAGAAUUCCCCAGUCCGAAAUGAACGAAGCCGAGGAAGAAGGAAACAGAAGGGAAAAGCGCUCAGCAGGGAGAGACACUUCCAUUAUUCACUCGGGUCAACGGUUUCGCAAUCGACCGGCUCGACCGGCCUCCCAGGCAGCCGAACCCUUUUGGGCGGCACGCGGAAAGAAAAACUCUAACGUCUCCAAGUUCCCAUUGCUGUAAAACGCAAUUCCAAUUAUUUUGAAGAAGGACAAAAAAUAUCUAGACCUAAAUGAAAAGGAUCCAAUAUACGAGUGAGCCUGAGGAUCUACGAAAUGCAAAAGAGAAAGAUGUUCUGCACACAAUAUACAUUCCUGUUUGCUGGUUAACUUAAUGUCUGUUUUCAAGCUUCAUAAUAAAAUAUUAAAUUAUUAGCAUAUACUUUGACCAUAAUAUACCAGAUUCAACAAGGCCUACUCAUCGUUGAGCACUCACUAAAGCAUCCAAAAAGAUAUUUUAACUCUAUUUGAGUCAUUAUCAAAUCUAAAUGUAGAGAAUGUAACUAAUCCACACUUUUAAAAUAACUUAAUGUACUAUGUGAAAGAAUAUGUAUACCAAUGUCACUCGGAAGAAACAUGCAUCGAGCGAGUUUUGUGACCUACCUGUGAAAUGAACUGCUGUAUUCAAACCACGAAAACACUGACAAGAAAAAAUACACGUUACAACUUGAACAUGAA